ACAAAUAGUCCGGACACAGCUUAUUGACUGUGCGACAGGAAGACCUACGAAUCUUGAAAAAUUAUCGAUUAUUUAGCUGUAAACGCACAACGGGAUGUGUAGGUGAUAGCAACAUACUCAAGAAUACACCUGUGAUCAUUAUGGACCAAUAAAUGGGUGAUGUAUAUAUCGAAAAUAUGGAUAUUUUACGUCAUUGAAGCAGAAGUGUAGCGAAGCAGAAGUUGCCUAGAAAUGGAUGCCUCAGCAGUACGAUGUGCACCCGACAACCUAGGGAAAGAUUCGGCCGGAACUCUGUGGCCGUUCAGGCGGCGGAGCGGAGUAAGAAGAGUGAUGAAGUUUGCGUUAGUGACUUUGCUAUGUUGCCUUUUAGUAGAACAUUGUAUUGGACAGGGUAUAGAUGUAAAAGAUGAUUUGAAAAGACGGUUUCCUAACUUGCACAAAAGAGGACUUUUGCCUGGUUUGCUUGGCAAAAGAGCAAAUGGCGCUCCUCCCCAAGUUGGAGUUGGGAGACAGAUGCUACCGGCUGCACAGAAACCUGGAGCGAAAGCUCCACCUCCGGCUGGUGAUACUCGACCAAGACAUCUUGUUCCCCAACCAGCUAAUGGGCCAGUUAUAGAGCUUCCCAUGGUCAAAUAUCAUGAGGUGCCAUGGAAAAACUCUGUUGAACAUAACUUUAAAUGGCAGGAAAACCAGCGGUCCUUUUUUACAUGUCCCCGUGGUUAUUUUAUAUCAGAGUUAUCGUAUCGUUUUGACACUGCUCAGUCGACUUUAAAUAGACCAUGGGCUUCCAAGCAGGGGUCAAAGAUGUACACGAUCGCGGAUAAAAUUGCCAAAAAAUUAUCGCCUGAGCCUCGCGAGGCCAGGCUACGCCGAGGCGAGGCGAACAGCCCCCCGAAUGCUCGGCAACAUUUCAUGGAUAUGGUCGCUCCGGGAGCUCAAGUCAUUAACCAAAGCCCCCUCACCCAGACAGGCUGCGACCCCAUCUUAUUUUGCCUGGGCCAUCAAGCCUGUCUCUUUAAAAUCACAGUGGAUCUUUGCGGUUUUGACCCGGUGCCCGGAAAGCGGAAAAUGUUUUUCAUAACGGUGAAAUGUACGAGUGACAGCGACGAAGGGCUCUAUGGUAAAACCAAGGGUGCAUUGGAGCUGAUGCGGAGAGAAAGGGAGCAUGUGAUGUACAUCUACUUUGACGAACUGCAUUCUGAUAAGACCGUGACGCAAGACACGCUCUAUCAGAUACCUGAGGAAGAAGUUUUUGGAAUCAGUUGCCCCAGACCUCAAAUGGCACUUCAAAAUGGAUAUGCUGGAUUCUGUACACAAAGGACGCCCAGUGUAGAACAUAUGGUGGAAAGCUUAUGGAAGGUCCUUGGGAGGGUACCCUAUCGAGAGUGCAGGCAGGAGCUGGUACAGGGGUACUGCGCUUAUCAUUACAACCUGACUGGAGGGUGCGUUCCCCCUGCCUUUGUGGAACAACCAGUGGAUGGAACAAUAGCAAGGCCAGGAGAAAUCCAUUUUAGCUUCAAGGCAAUGCCCAAACCAGGCCCCAGGCUGGAUCUCUCGGAGCACGAGAAAGUGUUAGGUGAUCCUCACGUGAGCCUGAUACCAGCUCGGCUUGGCUUCCUCAUCCUGGCCCACACAAGCCCUAAAACACUGGAUCAGUUACUGCGAUCGGUCUACCGCCCAUAUUUCCAUUACGUCAUUCAUGUUGAUUACCGAGCAGACAGCGUCAGAGAUGAAAUUAUGGAUAUGGUGAGCCAGCUUGGUGACAAAGGCCACAACAUCCGGGUGCUUCCCAAGGAGCGGUCGUUCGUUGCAUCGUGGGGAUCCUUUGAUAUCGUGCGAGCCGAACUGGAGGUAAGAUCAGAUCUAGACAUGCUGCUUUAUCCGGAUUAGAUUAGGCUUAAGGCGAGCUCCUCUUGAGAGAGCUCUGGUGAGGAAUGAUGGAAAGUGGACAAUUUUCACUGAGAGUCAAACGUUAAAUGCUAUUUUUUUAAUGAUUUUUUUUUCUUAGAGAAAUAUAUUUAGUAAUGGAAUGAUAAGCAAAGAAAGGUGUGGAUAAUUGGGUUCAGAUAUUCCCACGUAUGUAUACCCAUUGCAAUACUGGUAUGCGCAAUUCAAGUUAUUUGUUCAUGUAGCAGUAUUCCAUGACGACAAGAAUGAUGAUGAUGGUGAGGAUGGUAAU